AUGUACUACUGUCUUCCUAUGCUCCUCGACUGUGGCUACAAAAUUCUGGGGGUUCCCCCCACUGCGACCCAGCAGCAAAUACGGGAUGCAUACAAAAGGGCCUCUCUGCGUACACACCCUGAUCGGGUUCCUGUCGAUUCGCCUGAUAGAGACUCCCGCACGCGAGAAUUUCAGAGAGUGAAUGAUGCCUAUUACACACUUUCUGAUCGAGAUCGACGACGUGACUACGAUGCAGCUCGGCGGGACUAUUUCGGCGACAAAAGCGACACUGCCGAUGAAGACAUCCCCCGCGGGGGCGCCGGCGGAUUCCCAUGGUCUUCCUUUGACUUUGGCGGUUCGGAACCGGAACGACAGGGUCGUGACUCCAAUCAGUUUGGCUCCGUCUUUGAAGAGAUGCUCCGCGAAGAAGGGCUUGCUACUGACGAAACCGACGAAAACGGCCAAAGGCGGUCUGUACCUACGAAGUCGUUUUGGUCGAUUGUUGGUGCAAUUAGUGGCGGCGCGUUGGGAUUUAUUGUCGCCAAUGUGCCUGGUGCCUUAGCUGGCGCAGUGGCUGGGAAUAGGUUAGGUGCUGUGCGAGACGCCAAAGGGAAGAGUGUUUAUGAUGUCUUCCUCGAGCUACCACAAUCAGACCGGACUCGAUUGCUCAGUGAACUUGCAGCCAAAGUGUUCCAGACGACUCUGGGACGUUAA